CCCAUGGUGUCUCUAGCUACCACUCUCAAACCACUCUCUCCGUUUUCAUCAUUUGUUAAACAACAUAAAACCAGUAACAAUAAUGCUUUCUCUACUUAUCGCACCCAUACCUAUACAAACUCAGGUUUCUUCAAACGUGGAGGCGCCGUCGCCGUGCCUCACAAGAAAUAUACGUUCGUGGGUGUUCAUGAUGCACCAGAUCAGGUUGAGAGCUCCUGGGGGAUACCAUUGUCGGAGGUUGUGGUGGUCAGAAAGAAGAGAGCAUUUUGGCAAAGGAGUUGGAAUUAUUGGGAUGUGAUCAGGUUAGUCCAAGUUGCUGUGGUUCAUUUUCUGAGCCGCUUGGCUCCAUUUUACUUAAGUUGGUCGGCUUUUCGUGUUUUCCUUUGGAUCGUUGCCAUCAAUGGAAUAUGCAUCACCUGGUGUUAUCACCGGAAUCUUUCUCACCGAAGUUUCGAUCUACCGAAAUGGCUCGAGUAUCUAUUUGCUUAUGGUGGCCUUCUGGCUUUUCAGGGAGACACAAUAGAGUGGGUGAGCAAUCAUCGGUACCAUCAUAAGCAUUGUGAUACACAACGUGACCCAUACAGUCCUACACAGGGAUUUUGGUUUAGUCACAUGGCUUGGAUAUUUGAUUCAGGCCAUAUCCACAAAAAGUGUGGUGGACAGGAGAAUGCAAACGAUCUCGUGAGGCAGCCCUUCUACAAGUUCCUCCAGCGAACCAUACUUUUGCAUGAGAUGGCUUUUGCCCUUCUCCUCUAUAUUUGUGGACGCAUGCCCUUCCUCGUCUGGGGAAUUGGUGUGGUAAAUGUGGCUCGAUACCACGGGACUUUUCUGGUGAACUCAGUUUGCCAUACAUGGGGAACACGAGCUUGGAACACACCUGACCUCUCCAAAAACAAUUUGUGGGUAGCGGCUAUAACAUUUGAUGAAGGAUGGCAUAACAAUCAUCAUGCAUUCGAGUUCUCGGCUAGGCAUGGACUCGAGUGGUGGCAGCUCGACUUUACUUGGUAUCUUAUUAAGUUUCUUGAAGCUAUUGGCUUGGCCACGAACGUUAAGUUACCUUUUGAAGCUCAAAAGAAAACAAUCACU